CAGCACUGUCAGUUCAACGCAGCUCCGUGUCGCGUGUUGUGUUCCACACGAAACACGAAGAUAAAAAAACCGCGACUCCGACAGCGCGCGAACGCGAAGCGGAUCGCGAUAAGCUUUUUUUGACUGUUUUCUCUGUUAAAAUCGUCGUUUCAAAAUUUUCUGUGAGUCUGAAGGAAGAGAAGCUUGCCAAGAACCUGAAAGCACAUGGUGAACUGAGUUAGUGAUUUACUCCUGCAUCAAAAUCAUCUACGGCACAGACUCUUCAACUUUUUCUCAUCUAGUGCUACAUGUCAAUAGGUAGAUAACUCAUCCCGAAGGACUAUCUAAGUCUAAGGCUUUGCAUGAAAUCUACAGUUGUUCCGGCCCUGAAGUAACUUGCCGACUAAAGCUGUCUGCCAGCGUUCACCCUCAAGACUUUAACAGAAGGCUCUUGGAGCAGAUCGAAAGUUGAAGACUCUGGAAGUGCAUUUUGGGAAAAAUUUGUACAACGUAAAGUGUGACCAGCUGUGUUUUUAACUGUGUUAGUGUGACAUUGAAAAUCAGCUUAAAGUAAAGUUAUUCAUGUUGAUAAUCCAACACCUCAACACAACCUUUCCCGACAAUUGGAUUUAGACUUGACAACUAGAUUUCAACAUACCUCAAGAUGGAUAUAGAAGAGUUCAGAACCAAAGGCAAAGAAAUGGUGGACUACAUCUGCCAAUACAUCACCAACCUGCCAAACCAAAGAGUGACACCUGAUGUGGAGCCAGGUUAUCUGAGACAGUUGCUUCCAAACGAAGCACCUGUGGAACCUGAAGAUUGGGAUGACAUCAUGAAAGAUGUGGAGAAGAAGAUUAUGCCUGGUGUGACACAUUGGCAGCAUCCUGGUUUUCAUGCAUACUUCCCCAGUGGAAACUCCUUCCCGUCUAUAUUGGCUGAUAUGCUGUCAGAUGCUAUUGGAUGUAUUGGAUUUUCAUGGGCAGCCAGCCCAGCUUGCACAGAACUCGAGACCAUCGUCAUGGACUGGUUUGGCAAAGCCAUCGGCCUGCCAAAUGACUUUAUCACCUCAGCAAAGAGCAGUAGAGGAGGUGGGGUAAUCCAGACAUCAGCCAGUGAAUGCGUCUUAGUCAGCAUGUUGGCAGCAAGGAACCAAGCGAUUCAGUACCUCAAAAAGAACCAUCCUAAUGUAGAAGACAACGUGUUCCUUCCAAAAUUGGUAGGAUAUUGCUCCAAAGAAGCUCAUUCUUGUGUGGAGAAGGCUGCUAAGAUUCUCUUGGUUCAGAUCAGGAUCUUGGAACCUGACGAAAAUGGUAGCCUGAGAAAAGAGAAUCUGCUGGAUGCAAUGGAAAAAGAUAAAGAGAACGGUUUGGUACCAUUCUUCGUCUCGGCGAUUUUAGGAUCAACCUCGAGCUGUAGCUUUGAUAACCUCGAGGAGAUAGGUCCAAUCUGCAAAGCAGAACCUUGCACUUGGCUUCAUGUGGACGCAGCUUAUGCUGGAAAUGCUUUCAUAUGUCCAGAACUCAAAUACCUACUUUGCGGUAUUGAAUACGCAGAUUCUUUCAACACAAAUCCAAAUAAGUGGCUUUUGGUGAACUUUGACUGUUCCUGUCUAUGGGUUAGAUGCAGAAUGAAGCUCACCAGCGCUCUAGUUGUAGAUCCUUUGUACUUACAACACGCAAACUCAGAUGAGGCUAUCGAUUAUAGGCAUUGGGGCAUACCUCUCAGCAGAAGAUUUAGAUCUUUAAAACUUUGGUUCGUCAUAAGAAAGUAUGGUCUUUCUGGACUUCAAAAAUACAUCAGAAACCAUAUCAAGCUAGCAAAACAUUUUGAGUCACUUGUAAGGAAAGACCCAAGGUUCGAGGUAAUAAACGACGUGAAGUUAGGCUUGGUAUGCUUCAGACUUAUAGCGCCUGACAAUGUGAACCAAAAUCUUCUAGCAACCAUCAAUGCCUCUGGUAAGUUGCAUAUGAUACCAUCAAUGGUAAGGGACAAGUAUAUCAUCAGAUUCUGUGUCACAGCGGAAAACGCUGUCCAAGAAGACGUUGAACAUGCUUGGACGGUCAUCACAGAGCACGCUUAUGAGUUGCUUGGAAGCAUCCCUGUCAAAAAGGAGUUUGUCAGGCCACCUCUCACAAGGCAGAAGUCCAAAAGGUUCUCUUUCACAAGAAGUGUGUCCAAAGAGAUGUACAAGAGGUCAAAAAGCAAGAGCAAUCUCUACGAUGGCGCGACACCUAUCCUUGUGGCGGAUAGUGAUGAGGAGGCUGAUUCCUCAAAACAGGAUAAUGAUGAUAUUCUGGAGACUUUGGCUAGUAUCACAGUGAUGUCCGAGGAUGAUGACGUUUUUAACAAGGAUUGUGAGGAUGCUUACAGAAUACAGCGACAAAGUGCGAAAGAAAUCACUUGCAAUGGAGUUUAAUAUUUAAGUCCUUCCAAAAUAGCUCGAGACAAUAUUUGUAAGAUAUUUCUUUCUAUUUAUUCUCUCAUUUUUGCACAAUUUCACCGUAAUUGCAUCAUCUUCGAGUGACAUGGCUUUCAUUAAUUUCAUAUCUCGUAUUCUUCCUUCAACUUGAAUUUUUUGAAGGAAAGUUGGUAACCUUACUAGAAAUGAGUCGAGAAGGUAACCUCAAUGAGGACAUUUUAUAAUAAGAGUGGUCAAAACAAAAAUUAAAUUGUAUAUAGAUUAAAACAAGGCUUGGCAUCCUCUGUUGUAUUAUAAGCCAUCGUUUAAUACAACAAAAAAUGGUAAACGUGAAUAAAAAUGAAUACAGACUACAUGAGAGACAUUGCAUCUGUCGAUAUAAAGCGCUAGGCGGACACAUUAGUCGAAAAAUAUAAAAUUCUAGUUGUAAAAACACUAAUUUUCUGCCCAAUUUAGGCAACUUAUUGCGAAAUGGAGAUUUUGCAACCAAAUCAAUUUUCGAGUAUAUCAUAUUUCUUCUUUAGAAAUGCUUUUCGUGAUCUUUGCGAAAACUUUUUUUGACCUGGCGUCUGGUUCCAACAAGGUGUAGGUUCUUUGAAGCAACUUGUAAAAAGAUAAUUAGGGAAAAAUGUUAUGUCCAACGCUGUUCAGUUUCUGUGAUCUUUUGAUACUAAAGUAUUUCUAAGAUGCAACUUGUAUCUGAAAAGAAAUGUGUUUGAUUCUAAAUCGGACUGAAUAGCAUGUCUAUACAUAUUUUAGGUAUUAGUGUACUUAAUCGUAAGCUUUAUUUGAUGUAUGUAGUAUUUUUUAUGUUUGUUGGAAAAUUCAAGACCAUACAUGAGAAUUUUUUGAGUGUUUCUAAACCAUUGUCCUAGUUUUUCCAAUAAGAUGUAUAUAAUUCAGUAUUAUUAGGUUUAGGUUUUUUAUUUAUUUUAUGUGUAGUUUAAGGACCAUUGAAAAUAAAACAUUUUUUU